AUGGCUUUGUCCUACCCACGCCAAACAAUGGACUCUGAUCCGCCGCUCCCUUCGCCGCCGCGACUCAACCGCAAAGUAAGAGUCACAGCUCAGUCAUCGAGGACUCGAGCUCCCUUCCCAUAUGCCUCGUCUACGUCGUCAAAAGCGUUAGACAGGUUCAUAGGUAGCAGCGGAACGCCGUCGAGUGACCCCCCUCUCUUCUCAAGCGAUGACUUCCAAUCGUCAGCGUUGGAGAACUAUGAUACCACCACAAGAGAAGAUGCUCAAGAUAGAUUGCCGGAGGGCCCAACAGGCCAGAAAAGACGCUAUCGAGGGACUUGGUGGGGGCAGAAGCUAGGAAACGAGUUACAGUCCAAACAGAAUAAGCGGACGAAGAGGGCGGGAUUCAAGAGUAAGAGGAAUGUUGACAGUGGCGUCUGGCUGGGCAGUGCCGAUACAACAGAUGAUGGAGAUGAGUCUGCUGCCGUCUUUACCUGUGGAUCGGAUGAUUCUGUGUUUUGUGAGGAGAUGGGAGUGUCAACUGGUCCUCCUGCUAGCACAACCCGUGGCAGUGCUUCUCGGAGAUUUCCAGUGUCUGAAACCGCGGGUAGGCCCACUGAAGGCAGCAGUAAAAGCCCUAUAGCAAAGAGAAGCCGGAGUACUGAGUCCAUAGCUCACGCAAAGGCUAGACAGAUUAUCAACACCUGCCUUGAUGACGGAGAUGACAGGGUUGAUCUCUCAUACCUGGACAUGGGCACAAUUCCAUCCCAUAUUCUCCCGCCUUUAGCACAGUUAACUAAACAACCAACCGUGCUCGAACACGGGGCUUCAACUCAGAUAUUCAGCCCCUUGGAACCGUCACUCCAGCUAUACUUGACCCGUAACUUGCUCACUUAUGUUCCAAAGGAAGUGUUUGACCUGGUAAACACCCGGUUUCUUAGCCUUCGACAGAACAAGCUCACGGAAAUACCCGGCGCUAUUCGAAAACUUACCCUACUUCAAGAGUUGAACGUUGGCGGGAACAAGCUACGGUAUCUACCCUGGGAACUUCUGGGAUUAAUGCAGGAACAGGGAACUCUAAGGAACAUCACCCUGUAUCCAAAUCGAUUUCUUCGCUUGGAUCAAUCGGAGAUUGUCAAGUGGCACAUUAACACCGAAGCAGGUGGGAUUAUUGCAAUUGAUCCUAAUGCUCGCGAAACCGAGAAAACUGCACCCACCGUACCAAGCAUUGAAGGCGAAGUCCUGGAAGAGUGGAAACCAAUUCACAUUGCGACCAGUGCGCCUGAAUACUUUGAUACGGAAGGGCGUUCGGUGGAUAUACAACGCCUCACACCAACGAAUACCCCAUCGCUUCGUGAUUUGGCUUUGAAAGCUUGUUCUCGUUCUCCUUACUUUUCACGUUUCCUGGAAGAUGAUGAAACUUUGGCUUCUCCCGGAUCAUCACUCUCGUCAUCACUGCCUUCAGUCAAUAACGCUCGCUAUCAAGAUCCUAUUGUUCGGCUUCUCGGCUUUGCAAAUGAGGUCAGACAGACGGGCGAGAAGAUCUGCUCUAUGUGCGGCAAGUCAUACGUCCUAGAUAAAGUGAGGUGGAUUGAAUGGUGGGAUUGCAAACCAGCUGAGACUCGUGGAAAGGAGCAUGGAAGGAGGCCUGGACAGAGUCUCUAUCCUCUGCCAUUUAUGAGAAGAGGCUGUAGCUGGGCUUGUGCACCCAGCCUCUCUGCUUCUGAGAAAGAAGUUUAG